AUGGGCUGGGACCCGUACGGGGCUACUGAUCUGGGCACGGCCGUCUCGGACCUGUGUUUGUGCCUCUUCACCGCCCGCAGCAUUCCUCCAGGGCGCUAUCCGAUCGAGCCAGAGUGUCGGUACGCCUCGUUAGCCACAUUUUUGUACAUACUCUGCACCCUGCUGGUCACCUUUGCGGUCAACGGCGUGCUCGCCUCGGGGACCCCUCAAAUGCUCUAUCGGACCAUCAAUGGGUCGGUUGCCCUGGCUUUUCUGGCCCUGGCCGUGUAUUCCGUGAAUAAAUGGGCGUGGGUUUCCUCCUAUGCUCUCAAUGUCUUCGAUUUCAUUGGCCUCUUUUUGGUCCUGGCAGGCAUGGAGUGGUACCACAGUCAGCCCGAGCCCGACACGGAGAUGCUCACGCAGUUUUCGCUGGAGGAUGGGGAAUUUUUCUAG